AUGAAAACUCCAAAUUGCCCAGCAGGGGUCACCGGAGCACCCCAACAACAGCCGGCCCUGGUGCAGCGAAUGUACAUACAAUUACCUAGACAGGAUAGGCACCACGGGAGAAAAAUGUGCGAAAAAUGUGCAAAUGGCCCCUACCAGGACGCGGCCGAUCGCCAGUUACGAGCCAAUCAUGCGGACGGCACCCACAAAGUUUUCGUGCAGGCGACCGCACAAACAGGGGACCUGACCGUGGGAACAGCCGAAACCGAAGUGGGGGUGCUGACAUUCGAGCCCAGGACCGAACACAUGCAAAACAAGCGCACCAGACCCCAUAGCUGA